GUGAGCCUCGUGAUCACCAUCAAAACAUUCCAUGUUUCAACUCUUGGUGCUUGCCCUAAAUGUGGCAACAUGGAAGUUCCAUACCCUUUUAGCACAGACGACACGUGCGGGGACUCAAGGUAUAAACUCUACUGCAACAACAAUGGAGUUCUUGAGUUCCAGUCAGCUGAAGGCUUCAGCUACAAGGUCCUAAGCAUUGACCUAGCUGCUCAGAAGCUCAUCAUAAAACCACCUGAUCUCGUACAGGAUGACGACAUGUGUCGCACUACUGAUUUCUCUUCAGAAGGUCUGAGACUUGACGAAAACUUGCCCUUCAACGUGUCUACCCGGAACACCGUCAUACUGCUCAACUGCUCGGACAAUCUUCUCCGAUCGCCUCUCAACUGUUCCUCAAACAGUCUCUGUAGGGUUUUUGAGGGUAAAAUGUUGGAGGGGAGGAAUAAUGCAUGCAAAAGCAGGCUGUGCUGCCAUUACUUGAAAGACUCGCACAUGACGUCGUACAUGAUUAGGGUUAGGGUUGGAGGGUGCACUGCUUAUACUUCUGUGGUCGAUAUUCAACCCCAAGAUCCUGCUGAUAAAUGGAACUAUGGCAUUGAGCUGCAGUGGAUGCCUCCUAACUGAGUCCAUCGUGAUGUUCUAAUUUACUCCCAAAUGAUGUUGUUUUCUAGAAAGACGUUUCUCUUGUUCGUAGUUGCUUUCAUGCAAGGUUUCAUGUUUAAAUUUGUCAUGUGUUGCUUUGGUAAGGGAAAUGUAAGAGUAGUGGCGAAGCCAAGAACUAUCGAGGGGAGAGGCGAACUUAAGAGUGUAAGGUUCAAAAA